CGAUACCUAAAACGACGUGUGAAAGCGUCAAUGGAAGCAGGUGAAACCGCGUCAAAAGAAAAACACUUCUCUAAAAAUUAAAAUGAUUAAUUUAUAUUCUCUUUUAUCAAUAUCAAUAUGAAUAUGGAAGAGAGAAACUGCAUCUGUGAGACUGCACACACUUUACUCUUUCAUAAUUCCAUCUUGAAGUUCACUCACCUAAUCGGAAAUCCGUACGAUCCCCAUGUCGGAAGGGCAGCCACUUGACGUUGUAAUUGCCUCCGAUCCACCGCCGGAGGAGCUGCCACGCUCAGAUAUGCUUUCCUUUGAAAAUGAACAAGAACGCUCACCUGAACCACUGCAAUGGGAGCUGUUGGUGCUGCGGCCGGAGCUGUCGGAGCUGCUGCAGCUGGGGAGGGAGGAGUGGGAGAGACGGCACCCGGAGCAGCAGCGGGUGCAGCAGCAUUGGGAGCAGCGGGUGCAGCAGCAGCCGGAGCUGCAGCUAUCGCCACUGGAGCUGCUGCACCCGCUGUGGCGGCUGUCGCACCCGCUGCAACCAUCGCAGCCGCCGCUGCAACCAUCGCAGCCGCUGCCACCAUCGCAGCAGCCGCUGCAGCUGCGGCAGCAGCCGGAGCAGUCGCAGCCGCAGGAGCUGUACCAGCAGCCCCAGAACCAGCAGCGAUAUUAUUUAUAUCCUCAAGGGUUGGUAACUGCAGUACAAAACAUUGGUCUUCAUCGUUUUCGUCUUUGCUGUUCUCCAAAUUAUGAAGCCCUUUCUUCCUUCAAGUUAUUUCUUUCGGACACAUUGUCGAGGGUGACGGGAGCCGAUGAGAUAACUCGCGGGUUUCUGUUUCUAGGCAUUAAUGGUGUCGUAAUUCAUCAGUUGGCAUCGGUGAACUCUUUUACAUUUGAGAAGAAGAACUUACUGAGCUUUGGGGAAGCUUUUAGUAUGUCCCUUCCACCGAUGGUACAUAUCAGCAUGAUUCUUUUGAGUUUAGCUCUGAAUUUUGUGCUCCUAUUCCGAGUUUACCCUGGAAUACAAUGUGUUCUUCUACUCCUCUGCAUAUUAAUGCCAUUGUAUUAUUUUGCUGAACUAGCACAUAAAGCAGCUGGCAUUGCUGUAAACUUAGGGUCGGACAAGAUGCCCCUCGUAUGGUUUUCUACCUUAGGGGGCCUUGGCAUCUUCCUGAUUGGUGGUUCAAUGGUACUGCUGAUAGUUUUUCUAUCCUGGGUAUAUGCAAGAAGAAGAGGACUGGAAUUCCAAGGAAUAAGGGUGAGUGGGGAUUCCAUAAUAGGGGCUAUGAAUGCCUGAAUAACUCAUUGAUCUCUCUCUUGUUUUAGCAAUGCUUGGAAUCGGACCGUCCGAUCGUGUAAUAGCUUAUAGAAUAUCUUCCUAUCCACAACCUGUAGUUUGAAUAUUUUUGCAAUGGACUUAUAACUGGUUUACGA